AUGCCGAGGUUGUGGCUGGGCGGUGGCUUCAGCCGGCAGCAGACAGAUAACUUGAUGGACACGGCAAACAACAACAAGCAGCAGCAGCAGCAGCUGAAGACGAAGAGACGAAGAAGAAGAAGAAGAAGAAGACAGGAUGCGGACGUCGAGGGUCUCGCGGGAGGCAGCAAAGGUGGCAGAGAGCUUGACUUCACGCAGACGGGCCGUCAAGAAGGAGGAGGACACAUCGAGGACCUGCUGACGGCGACGAGGAAGCGGAAGAGAGCAGCUACAAGGGCGGGCAGGGCUGUCAAGGCCAAAGAUAACGAUGUCAAGGCCGUGAAGAGCGUCAAGGAGGAGCUGGGAGUCGAUAUAAAGGGCCCUCCGAACUGGCAGGUCAUGUACGAGACCGUCAAGCGCAUGCGAGAACGCAAUCCCACGGCCCCCGUCGACACGAUGGGAUGCUCAGAGCUGUACUGGCGGUCGUCCUCGCCCCGAGACAGGCGGUUCCACACGCUGAUCGCCCUCAUGCUCUCCUCCCAGACCAAGGACACCGUCACGGCGGCCACAAUGCUAAGGCUGCACACCCAGCUCACGGACGAGACGAGCGACAAUGCGGUGGCAGAGGUCUGGGACCGCGAUCACCAGAAGACUGCCAGUACGCUGACUCUCGAGAACAUGCUGGCCGUGUCUCCCGAGCGGCUGAACGAGCUCAUCAGGGCCGUUGGGUUCCAUAACAACAAGACACGGUACAUCAAGGCCACCGCCGAGAUCCUGCGAGACCAGUUCGACUCUGACAUACCGUCGACCGUAGAGGGGCUGAUAAGUCUGCCUGGUGUGGGACCCAAGAUGGCGUAUCUCUGCAUGAGCUCGGCGUGGAGCAAGCAUGAAGGCAUCGGCGUGGACGUGCAUGUCCACCGCAUCACCAAUCUAUGGGGAUGGAACAAGACCAAGACCCCAGAGGCUACACGGGCGGCUCUCGAAAGCUGGCUGCCCAGGGACAAGUGGCAUGAGAUCAACAAGCUGCUCGUUGGCCUGGGACAGACGGUCUGCCUGCCGGUUGGCAGACGGUGUGCCGAGUGCGACCUCUCCGGUACGGGACUGUGUAUAGCAGAGAUCAAGAGCAAGUCCAGGGGCACAAAAAAGAGAAUAAGCCCGGUCAAGGCAGACAAGGAGGAAGACGUUGAUUUCCCUGAAGUCAGGGAGAGCAAGAUUGAUGUCAGGGUGGACAAGGAGGAGGAUAUUGCUCUACCGGACGUCAAGAAGGACGCCCUUCUCGAAGCCGAAGAUACCAAGAGUAAUAUCAAGCUUAGUAUCCAGGAAGAUGUCGAGGAUAUGUCUAAAUUUGCACAAAUACAGCAGCGUCUUCUCCUGGCCGAGCAUGAAGACGAGAUAGCUUCCUCUCCUCUGUCCUCCAGCUCUGCAGCUGCAUCAGCCUCAACCCGACGGGCUCUGCAGAAUGCUGGCCAUGCGCUCACUGGCAUGGUCCUCACCAACUGUCGGACAGGUAUGGGAGGCCGAGAAGUAGGAGAAUUCGGUCUCAAUACUGCUCUCUCUGGCUCUGGGCGUGCAAAGGGAGCCAGCAAGGAUGAGGAUAAUACCCGGCUAGGUGUCCAUGGCAUCACGGUGGGGGAUAUCGUCCGCGUCGAGGAGAUUGCUUCUGGCAAAACAACGGCCAAAUCCAAGGCCGGGCAAGACGACGAGAAGGGCCAGAGAGGCCUUGAAGGUGUCGUCACUCGCGUUGGCGAGAGAUCCAUCUGGGCCGCCUUUGGGGAUCGAGGCAAAGGCAAGCAAGAUGAAGACGGCGUCGACGAGCUCUGGGGACGCAAGCUCUGGCUAAUGAACCAAACGAUGGCCAAGCUGGAGAAGAUGCCAGAAUCGGAGCAUUCCCAGCUGAUCCGAGUGCUAUUCGGGCAUACCACGCCCUCGCCUUUGGAUUUUGAAUCCGUUGGUACCCUGGAGUUCAUGGAUGCAUCACUCAACGACUCCCAGAAAGAAGCGAUUCGCUUUGCACUGGCAUCAAGAGAGAUAGCGCUCAUCCAUGGCCCGCCGGGCACAGGAAAGACUCACACGCUCAUUGAACUCAUUCGCCAGCUAGUUCAACGUAAAAAGAGAGUUUUAGUCUGUGGCCCGUCAAAUAUCUCAGUUGACAAUAUAGUCGAGCGUCUUGCCUUGCACAAGGUACCGUUGGUUCGAAUAGGGCAUCCAGCACGUCUACUAUCUUCCGUCCUGGAUCAUUCGCUAGAAGUACUAUCUCAAACUUCCGAAGCUGCUGCCAUAGUGAAGGAUGUCCGCAAGGAAAUUGAUUCAAAGCAAGCGAGUAUUCGCAAGACCAGGAACGGGAGAGAACGUCGAGCUAUCUACGGUGAUCUCAAAGAACUUCGCAAAGAAUUCAGAGAACGUGAAUCGAAAUGCGUUGACAAUAUCGUCUCCGGUAGCCAGGUGGUACUCGGAACACUGCAUGGAGCUGGAGGACAUCAACUCAAGAACCAGAAAUUCGACGUCGUGCUUAUCGAUGAAGCGAGCCAGGCUCGAGAAGCUCAAUGUUGGAUUCCGUUGCUCCCUGCUUCUAGAGUUGUAUUGGCAGGAGAUCAUCUCCAACUGCCUCCAACAAUAAAGUCAAAGUCCUCAAGCAAGUCAGAUCAGACCAACUCUGCAUUAUGGGACAAGGAAGACCUCCAUUUUAACGAGCUCUCCAAUACGUUUGAUAUGCGGAACUUGGAAAUAACACUGUUUGAUAGGCUACUCUCUCUCCAUGGCACAGGAAUAAAGAGGGUGCUCACUACGCAAUACCGCAUGCAUCAGAAGAUAAUGGACUUUCCUUCUGACGAACUAUAUGAGUCUAAACUCAUUGCUGCCGAUGCAGUCAGGGAAAGACUUCUCAAGGACCUCCCCUAUGAGGUCGAGGAUACAGAUGACACCAGAGAACCUUUGGUGUUCUACGACACGCAGGGUGGAGACUUUCCCGAGAAAUCCCCAGAUUCAAAUGGUAUAUCCGCCAAGUCUCUUCUUGUUGAGAGUAAAUGUAACGACAUGGAGGCGGCGGUUGUCGCGAGACAUGUUGAGAAUUUGGUUUCGGCUGGCGUCAGACCCGAGGACAUUGCUGUCAUUACGCCUUAUAAUGCACAAGUUGCUUUAUUGUCUCAGCUUCUGAAAGAGAAGCUUCCUACCCUCGAACUUGGUAGCGUGGAUGGUUUCCAGGGCCGUGAAAAGGAAGCAGUCGUAGUAAGUCUGGUCAGGAGUAAUUCAGACCAUGAAGUAGGAUUCUUGGGGGAGAAAAGGAGAUUGAAUGAAGACAUCUGUGUAUUUGUGGAGACUCAGAAACUGUUAGCAGGUGGGUUUGCAUCAAAUCCAAAUUAA